AGCCUCUUUCGGGCCUGCAGGGCGGUGCCCCCCCCUGCUCGAGUGCAGCCUCUCCACCGUGGUAGCCACACCCUGGGCGUGGCCGCGAUCAGCCCAUGUGCGGGUCCCGCGUCCACCCGAGCGCGCCCGGCCGCCUCGGGGCGGCCCCGCCGAAGGCCGACCGCACCCGCGCCUCCUCCGCCGAGCCACGCGUCGGGGACCGCCGCCGCGUCAGCGCCGCCGAGCGGGCGCCGCCGCGGGAGCGGCGCGGCGGCGCGGAGGGCGGCGGCCCGCCCGCUGGCGCGGCCAAGGCGCGCACCGCGGCGGCCUCGCCCCCGAUGCUGUGGAAGCUCGGCGAGGGGCUCACAGGGGACGCCGAGGCGUCCGCGGAGGCGCAGAUCUUCGCGUUCGACGAGGACGCGGCCGGCGCGGGGCACGCGGCGCCGUGGUGGCGGCCCCGCCCGGCGGGCGACGGCGACGACCAGGGCGGCCCGGGCUGGCCCGCGGGGCUGCGGCUCCUGGACCUCUUUCAGCUCUGAGGCCGCCGAGCCGUGGUGCACCCCAGGCUCUGUCCCAAGGCGUCCUGCGUCGCGGAGAAGUGCACCACCCACCAAACCACCCCAACCCAACCCGACGGUCCAGACUUCUCCUCUGGACCUCUUUCAGCUCUGAGCCCCCCCCCCCCCCCCGCCCCCUUGUGCGCGCCGCCAGAGUGGGUCGGCUCCGCGCCGGGUGGCGGGCG